AUAUAAAAUUGAAAAAGUAUGUCCUACUAUAUCUAGCGUGAAGACAGUGCUAUUGUAUUUUGUACAAGAUAUUGGAUAUUUAACGGUUAGUUUUAUUUAAUUGUUUUGACUAUCUGGGGACAAGGAUCACAUUUGAGUUCUUGGUUGGUCGUCAGUAUUAGUCGUGAUGACUACGUUUGCAACUCGCUUGUGCGGCUAUUCUGUAGUUGGUGACACCUACAAAACUGCACUAGAUGUUUACAACUGGGUCAAGAAAAAAGAGUCCGUAGGUCCCAUUGUCCAAACGGCCGAAGAUAAAGCUAUCUCUGUAAUUAAACCAAUUGUUGAGAGUGGAAUCGUCCAAAAAAUCGAUGAUAUGGCUUGUCAGCAUGUGUUGGAUCGUGCUGAAGCAGCAUGUUUACAGAUUAAGAACACUUCAAAUGAAAGAAUAAUUUUACCUACUGCAAACUGUGCACUAAAUAUUGCUGAGGCUUGUGCCAAUCUAUAUCUUCCAAAAGAAGAUGAUCCAAAGUUUUCUUCAGGAGGCGACGCCACACCAGCAGAACGACUCGUGCGAUUACAACACAGAGCAUCAAUACAUGCUAUCACAUUAAUUCAUUCUACAGUUGAUCGGGCCAAUUCACUUCUAUCUGCGCUUGCUACAUAUGGAAGUAACCUAAAUCAAACGGUUUCAUAUGCUACAAUCAAAAAUACCCUUUCACAAGCUAUUUCUCUGUAUGAAUUAGCUUACUCCACUGCUAAGGCUGUAAGCCUUCCUAUAGUUGCACGUUGUAUUACUUCUAUUCUUGAAAAUGUUCGAAAAGUUGACGACCAAAUUAAAGAGUCAAAACGAAUAAACUGGAUGGACUUGAAAAAACUAGUGACUUUCCUUGAACAAAUGAAAGAACGCCUGGAUGGACAAGAAGUAAUUACAGAAAUCGAACUCGAACCAAUCGCUAAGAAGCCAUCGUUUUCUCUCAGUUCUUACUUGCCACAUUUCUGGUGAUAAUGAUAAAAAUGAAUCAGAUACAUGUGUGAACAAUUCAUAAUUGAUUAGAAACUUAUUUUUAUGAUCAUCAUCAACAUUAUUAUGAUUGUGAUUAUUGUGAUCAUUUUCUAUUACAAUCGAAUAGAUUUUUCUUCCAUGAACUCCGUUGAUAAUUAAUUUGUGUUGUUUGUGUUGUUUGUUUGGUUUGGUUUUUGUUCGUUUUUCGAUGCAUAAUUUCGAUUGAUAUUUUCAUUUUGUUCGCAUCUAUUGAUUGAAUUUGUUUUUUUUUUAUUGGAAAAUAUAAGUUUAUUGUUUUAAGAAAAAAAAAGUUGUCGAUA